AUGACUUAUUAAGAAUUGCUUACUCACUACCAACUUGAAUGCAAAGCUAUUGAUGUUUUAUGUCCCUUAGGAUGUGGUUUUUAUUUUAAGAGGCAAGAUAGAAUGGACCAUAUUGGAAGAUGCAUAUUCAUUAAAUACAGUUGCAGAGAUUGUGGUGUCUAAAUGACUAUAAAAGAAUCGGAUCCGAACUCUCAUAAUUGUUUCUCUAUCCUUCAUCAGAUAGUAAAGUAGUCUAAGUAUAUGUAUCUAGAUAUCAAGAAGGAUUUUGAAUCUUAUAAGAAGGAAAUUGAUGCUUAAAAUAUUCGAAUAGUCUAAGAAAUUUCUAUUAUGCCUUAGCAACCUAAAUAUAAAAUGACUUUCCUUCAUAAAAAUCCAUUGAGGAGAAUGACUUUCAAACAAAUGAAGGAAUGUUACGAUUACAAACCUAAUAAAUGGUAUUGUGAUGCCUAUCACUUCUAAAGAUGUUAAUAAGGUAAAACGAUCACUGAUAAUAAGAUUAAAUUUCCUGAUGCAAUAUUCCAUCAUUGUCUGAAAUGUAAGGUAGGGUUAACAUCUAAGAUCUUCAAGAAUAUGAUCUAGAGACUUAUUAGUUAGGUCAUUAAUGCAGUGGCGUUAGAUUUUAAGGAUGCAAAUUCAUUGGUCCAUCCUUUUGAAUACUUUCAACCUGGUCAUGAUGAAGAUAUGCAAAAAGUACUUGAUAAUGUCAGAUAAAAGAGAGAGAUUGAUAAGAAAGAAUUGAGAUAGAAAGUAAUUGAUCAUUUUAAAGACUAACCCACUCAGACUGCUGAGGUUUAAUUUCAUUAGCACCCUUUAAAACUAUUGAGAUUCGCACAGAUUCAGGAAAUUCAUGGUCCUGAGAUAGGCAAUUAUUGGUCGUGCAAUGGAGGAACUCGUACUAAUGGCUGUGUAACCAAAUAAAAUAGGGGCCACCCUAUAUUGAAGCCAAAUGAAAUACUUUAUCAUUGCUCUGAUUGUUCCUUUGAUCUGUGCGAAUAAUGUAAUCAUUCUCAUGGACACAGACAUCCUCAUUUACUUGAAAAGCUAACUCUCUAAGAAGUUGCUAAGAAAGAUUUAAUUUAUAACCAGGGCUUUAUUUGCAAAGGCGCAGAUUUUAAGGAUUGUUUUCUAGGAAAAUAAAAUUCAAGCGAUGUAAGAGAUGUAGUUUAUCACUGCUAAUAAUGUAAGUUUAACUUAUGCUAUAAGUGUGUGGAGGUUUAUUAGAUUUAACCUAAGAUUAACUUGGAAAAUCAAAAUUUAUAUGGCUUUAGAAGAUUUUGA